UGGGGCUUCGGUUCAGCGAAACUUUGUGGCACUUGAGGCUGCAUCUCCCUUAUUAGUGCAGUUGGGCAUCAAUGCGCACGAUCACUUUGGAAAUCUAAAAUUUUUCAAGAUAGAUACUCCGGGUGCCACCAUCGGAGCUAGUGCUGUACAUAGCCGAGGAAUUUAUAUGGUGUGGAAUCGAAAUGGGAGAUUGUAUAGCGGAACUUGUUUUGAAUGGAGGAGCAGUGUGAGGAGGAAAAUCUUGAGGCUCUGCCAGCCAAGACAGUGUUUCUUGAGACGUUGCAUAGUACGAAAGUGUAUCGGCGUGGUAGAGUACGCGGAGAAAUCUUACGGAUUGUGUUGUUGCUGGUGCAUUGAUCGUAUCUGCAUAUCAUAGAUACUCAAUUGGGUUCCUUUCACCAAGAGUGGUAGUCGCUGGAUUUGGUUGAAUCCUUGCAAGGAUUGUUCGGGUGUGUUUUGUAUUUGUCCAAUAUUGGUUGGUGUUCUUUAACUGAAGCAAAAUAGUUGUUUACUAGAGUGAAGAUACAGUCAAAACCGAUCUUGGCACUCCGUGUACGCGUAAGAUCUUUAGUUAUUGCUCUAUAAGUAAAUAACCUACUUUCUACGGUUUUUUCGUCUAAUUCGAUUUUCUGCUGUUGUUUUGAGUGAAGAGUGCGAUACAUCGCCGUUAGGAUUAUAGUUAUAUUAUUUUCGGUUCUGGGCUUCUUCUUUUCUUAGCUUAAAUUAAGUGUUUAUGAAAACGUAUCUAAUAGUAAAUACUGUACUAAAAUACGAUUACCGGAAAAACUUAGUGGAGUCGGUAAAUGUGGGCUAUCUGUUCAAUACCAAAGUGUGUGCUUAACUUAUGAAAAAUCGAUCCAUCUAACCGCUCCAACGUUUCAUUGAUCUUGUUCGAUUGUUACAGCCAGUGAACUAACGGAUAAACGAUUACUUAACUUUGUUGGAUAAAAGUACACAACGCUUGGAAAAAGAUACUUUAUUACGGUUUCAGGUUGGUUAGAAACAACCACUAUUGCAUAUUUGUAUCGCGUGUACCAUCCAUUAUCUCAGAUAAGCUAACAACUCGACGAGGCACUUUCUUCAGUGUAAACUAUUUAAAAAGGAAAAUGAUCAACCUAUAAAUCACCAACACAUCUCUUAACAACACUACCAACAUCACCAUAAUGUCUGCGAUUUGUCCUCGUUUUUCUCAAAACGCUUGGAAGAAAGAUUUAUGCUCCAAUUGCUUUAAAUCACGCGAGGAACAUUUGAGAAUAUCAGCCUCAACGAACGGGCAGAGUAUAAAUGUUCAGCAUUCCAAAACAAUAACACCCCAAAAUGCAACACCUCCAAAAGGUAUUAUGAAGGGGCUACGCAUGAAACCAAAGAAAUCCAAAGUAUCUUUCCCUAAGGAAUUGACUGAAGUUAUUGGCUAUGGUGGUGAAUGGUCUGAAAACGAAACGACGACAGAUGAAGAAGAUAAUGUGCCGCAGAAUGAGCGUGAUGAUCACACAGCAACAGAUGAUGAAGAUGACAGGGAAUUGAGAAGGUUAACGAAAACUAAUACGGAUUUCAAUACAAACAAUGGAAACUUGUUAGGUGAUCCUGAGGAGAACAUUAAGAAAUCGUUCGCAGCGUUGAGAUUGGGGACACCACAAGUAGAUUCAGAUGGGAAAAAGCAAACUCUGAAAAUUUCAGUCACACCCUUCGGGGCAAAUACAAAAACGGUUAGUGCGAAAAAAUCUAGCUCUACGAAAUCCAAAGUAGAAACUCAGAGGGUUGAAGCCAAAAAAGGGGAUUCAAAACUUUCUAACAUACAAGACAGUCCACCAUUGGAGCGAGCUAUGGAAAGAUCUCUCUUAGAGGAAAUAUCCGAAACGUUAGAACGUCAGAAGAGUGAAGCGGCCAGAAUACAAUCGGAUAAAGAUGGCAAAAUCAAGUUUGAAGUGACGUCUGAACUAAAUUGUGUCUUGAAGUCAAACGCUGAUGGUAAAAAAAUGAUUGCCCGCAAUGCGCCUAUCACCAAGGACCACACGAAACCGAAAGUCAACGUAUUUCAUAAAUACUCGGAUUCAGAAAGCAAUGCUUCUGAUUGCGAGAAUGGGGUGUCCGCCUAUUACGAUGUUGUAGAGUCAAGUGGCGGGCUGAGCGAUAAUCACGGAAAUUACAGUGAAACGGAAAGUGGAACUAGAACGCCAGAUACUGACAAAUCACUGUAUUCUGCAUCUCCAUAUAUGACUUCUUACUCCAUGCACGAUGGCAACUAUAUAAGCAGUAAAAUCACUUCGGAUGGUUUAAUAGUUACGAAGUGUAACUCAGAUGAUGCUAUAGAUUCUACAGGCUCCAGUUUUGAUGGAAGCAGUGAUGAAGAAACGUCAUAUAAUAUGAAUCGUAGUGAAUCUGAUAGUGGUAUAGGAAUAUCCAUCGGAAGUGAAUAUCAAUCAAUGGUUAAAGACGAUGCUGAAAAGAAAGCUAUUAGUUCCGAUUACGAGGAUAUUCAGGUUAUAACUGAAAAGUCUACAAGCGAUAAGCGGAAAGAAUUUAGUGCUGAAAAAAGUCGUGAAUUGGCGGGCGAACCGGAUGGGUCAGCUGAUCCAGACGGCAAUGUUGAAGCCCCGGCUUUACCCAAAUCCCCACCACCACCUACAGUUGACCCACGAAUAUCAUUCUUACAUGGGAUGCAAAAAAAUAUUACAAAUAAGAAGCCAGAUGUACCUGCCAAACCAACUACUGUUCUUAAGACCUUUGCGAAACGUCAACCUACGGCUGUUGAACAAAAUGUUAUCAGUCAACUCCAGCAAGUGAUUCAUAAUCCAAAUGACAAUACGUCUGAAUCAGGAUCGACCUUGGGCAGGAAAGAAGGAAGUGAAUAUUCAAAGUUGUUGAAAAAAGGACGCGCGCCUAAUCCGCCACCUGCUUCUCCUGAAGCGGACGAAAGGGAGCACAACCUGAACAACUUUGAGAAAGAACCUAGAGAAACUAUUUAUUUCGAAUCAAAAUCUAUACAAAUAAAAACACCAUCUGAAGAUGUUAAAGAAGCAUUCAAGAAUCAUCAACAACAGCAACAUCAUCAACUAAAAGCAAUGGACGACCAACACACCUCUAUUUACACCCGAAACCCAACUGUGGGAACAAAGUCUAACUCGCCUGUUAUACGAGAAAAGGACAAACGAGAAAGGGCAACAGUUAAUCCUAAAUUCCGUAGUUUAAACACGUUCAGUUCCAACAAGAAAAAUCAAAUUGCGAAACCAUCCACCCCUGAACCCGCUCCUCGAAAGAUCUUAUCCAUGUCAGAAGAAUGUCUUGUAGAUGAAAAGAAAAAGAAAAAUAAAUUUUCAAUAAGAAAAUUCCUUCGAAUGGGUGUUAGUAAAACUACAGACAAUUUACAUAAGAAAGAUGGAAUUUAUUCAGAGAUUGCAGCAACCGAUGAUAAUGGAAUUGUCGGAAAACCACGUUUGGUGAUUAUACAUCCAAUUGAUAUUAACCAAAGUGAAGUAGAAGUGGUGAAAGAUAUUUCUAAGCCACUUGAAAGUAUGCCUUUGGUAACUGGAAAACCACCCGCACCACCGCAACGUCACAGUGAACAACAUAAACCCACCCGACCACCACCUCCAAAGAGUGCAGAACUCCGGAAAAAACAAAAACACGGAUUCAAUGUGAACACAACAGGAACUGGCUCCCUGAAAAGUAAAUCGGACAAUGUUUACGCUAAUCUAGGUGAAAUUCGUUCAGCAAUCGCUCCACGAAAACCUGAACGAACGGCCAGCAUGCGUGAACGUGAAGCUCAGCUCGAGUUAGCCCGAAAGCGUCAAGGAAUUGAGAAUGCCGAUACCAUCUCCGUUUGUUCGUCAAACGGAGGUAACGUUUCGUCAAGCGAAAUUUGCUCGACGCCAACAAAAGAACUUUUGAAUAACACGGUUAAUUCCAACUCUUCCACUACUAAACCAUCAAUCACAGAAAUGGAGCCAAAGGAAUCGAACAAAAUGAAUUCUUUUGAACGCCGCGAAAAAUUCGGUGUACAAAAUAAGAUUGCAAGUAAACUGGAACUAUUUGAAAAGUCCUCAACGAUGUCAGCAUCGGAAUGUGGAAAAGGAAAAUUAAAUGACGGUCUAAAGAAUUCUGUUCUGAAAAUCAAUAACACAAUUGAUAGUUAUUUGAAGGAUAAGCGCGAUUUCGAGACUUCAUAUGAAACUGGCAAAACACCUCCAUCAACGCCCAUUAGAAGUUCAGAAACAGAUCUGCGAAGGGGUUACGAUGGUAUGGGAUCAGUGAGACAACAGCAGCAUCAUUCCAGAAUGAGUAUCCAUGAGACAGCUUCCAUUUCAAGUGCGAGUCUAACACGUAGCGAGUAUGGUACACGUUAUGGAUUUAAUAGUUUGGCAAACAUUCCACGAGUGGUUUCGGCAUCAUAUUGCGGAAGUGAGAUGGGAGAAUCGGAUAUCUACUCGCCAUACAGCUUCUACGGCAGCGAAGCAGGAGGCGAUAUUGCCAGUGAUAUUCAUGAAGGUGUAUGGGGCGUAACGCCGUCUUCAAAGGUACGGGUGAAAACUACAAAUCGCUUGAGAAUGCGUAAAGGACGAAGUGUUGUGCAUAAAAGUAUUGAGGACAACUACAAUGCUGUCAUCGUUGCAAAUCAUGAAGCUCUGGCUCAAGUCUUAGAACAGCUACAACAACAACCAGCCGUACCCAUUGCACUUCGUCCCCUCGCCAACUCGAUGAAUUUACGUUUCGAGGAUUUCAAUAUAAUCGAAGGCUCACAAGCAUUCGUUGUAGGCAAACGUGCAUUCCAUCCUGCUAUCUGGGCAAACAACCCAGUUACAUUGGCAUUAUCGUCAGAUUGCAACCAAAUCUCUGGUGUCAGUGGUGAAUUGAACCAAUUGUCAGGUGGGGUCUGCGAUGUUCUCAACCCGAUAACAGAAUUCUUUGAUUUGGUACCCAGCUAUCAUCUGCCACUGAUGCCAAGCACGGAAGUGCGAAUGUUACAGUCCACUAUCUCAGUUUUGCCAAGAUUACAGAUGGACAGUUUGCAAUCCAUAGGAACUAUUUUAAAGAAUAAGUCACAAGUAAUGGAAAAACAUACUAAUUUCCGCGGAUCGAUACCAAAUCUUUCUGGUGUUCAGCGUGAUCAUGCAUCAUCCAUACGUAAUGUGAAUUCUGUGCAGAACUUAUCAACAUUGAAUGAGGAGUCUGGGGACACCUGCUUGCCGGCGAUACCAGGAAUGCCUUGCUUUGAUGACGUUAUGUGCCGUGAAAUUGGCUUCAUAAUGCUUCAAUUGAUAAAUGGAUUGAAGAAUUUACAGGCCAAAGCAAUUGAAGAAAUGCCGUUGACAUUAUCGAAUGUAAUUUUAUGUAAAGAGUUUGAAAACAAAGACGCACAAGCAAGACUCUGUGUUCUUCAUGGGGUGCAUCAAGAUGAAGAUGAAACAACUGGAACACUAUGCAAAUGUGCUUACGUAGCCUUAACAGAACUACUGCCAAUUACGAAGAUAACGCCUGUCCUAUCAAAUAUUUUACUGCAGGAGCGGUCGGAGUCUCUUUCAAAGGCGAAAUCGGUGCUAGAAUACGUUCUUUGGGGACCAUCUGAUGUUGACCUCAGUGGAUCGACAAAAGAACGAGAGUUGGCGCUACAACGUUGGCUAGAUUUGGAACGUGCUACAGUAUUGCAUGGUCUGGUCCGGACCAGAGUUGAAUUAACUGUCUAUGAUGAAUGUCAUCUAAUGUUCUUGGUCCGAUCGAACGCAAAGGCAAUAAAUGAAGCAGCUAAGAUUGUUUCUAGCUUUAAGAAGAAUGACGAUUAGAAAUCAUUGAGCUUUCAAUCAAUAUUAUGAGUAGCACUGUGCCAAAAUUUGCGACUUUUCAAACAUCUUUUUGUACUUUUACAUUCGUUAGUUGUCUUACAAAUAAUGUACUCUAAAAAUAAAUGAAUCUAUUUGUUACUAUUUAUAAAUUGUUGUGUUUGUAUUUUCUUUUAUAUGAUACAAAUUAACGAGGUGUCUGAUUAUUAAAGCAUAAAUUUAUAAAUAUUUAAGCU